CAAAUGUCAUCCAACGAUUUGGAUCUUUUUCUUCUCAUAUGUUUAGCAUCACUAAAUUCACUAAUAAGAAAAUUGACAAGUAUUAUAAUCAUAAGAAAAAUAAUCACUAUAAUUCACUAUUUUACCUAAUUAUGUACCUUCGAUACGACAAAAAUAGAUAAUACCAAGUAUAUGAUACGGUUUAUUUAAUAAAGGUACGUUUGCUAAUAAUAAUGUGUAGUAUAGAGCAAAUUGCAGAUUGUGGUGAUAUUUCGACAUUAGGUAGAGCACUUUUUAUCCCUGAAAGAGAAGAUGAAACGUGGCUGUCUAAAUGUACAGUAUCGUUGUCUUCCUGUGGAGGUUUGUUAGCAGUAGGUUACAAGAAACGUCUUUGUUUUCUUGUUGGACAGUGGAUAAGUUCAACUGAUAGUAAUACUUUCUUGAUAUCGUGGAGUGGUACUCUUCCUUCAGAAGUUACAUCACUUUUGUCUUUGUCUAUUUGUCCCUCGCAACAGUCAUCUCAGAGUGGUCCAGACUGGUUUUGUAUAGUGGUUGGAUUUUCUAAUGGGAGUGUUGGAUUUUACACAAACACAGGGCACUUAUUACUGCUUGAAAAGCUAGAAGACAAGAAUGUUUUAAAGAUAUCUUGCAACACAGGAACUUAUGGGAUAUUUCCUGAUGACAUACAUAUACAUUUUGAAAGUGCUGUGUAUGUAGUUUCUGGAUCAAGUUUAUUUCAAACACUUAGAAAUGCCAAGGCUCAACUAGCUAAAGUUCAAGCAGGUCUUCAAAGUGAGUAUUGUAUAGACAGCAAAAGUAUACAAAUAAGGAAAUGGAUUUAUUCUGAACAAGAGCAAAUUAAUGACGCUGCUGUCGCUGGUCUUGAUUUGACAAACGCAUAUGAACAUUACUUAGCUGCAUCAAACUAUGGAGGAUAUGAUACCUGGUAUCGAUCUAUUCCUAUUGUCAGAACAUUGAUUCUUGCAUCUGGGGUAGAUCCUUAUAUUGGAUUUCAUUACGCAAUAGAAGGAGGGAAUGCUCCUAAACUUCAAGAUGUGGCUACAGCUGUCGCCAACAAGAUAAAGUCUGCUUUGCCGGGUUGGUUGGGUGGGUCGACUGAAACUGCUCCAACGAAUACAGAGCCAUUUAUAAGAACUGAGCAGUUAUCUCUGCGUAAUGGAAUAUAUGACGACCAACGACAAGGAACCUCAGUUACGAUAUCACAAGAUCGACGCCUUGCAGCAUUUUCUGAUAAUUUAGGACGAGUCGCCGUUUUCGAUAUAACUAAAGGUUACAUCAUUAGGUUGUUCAAAGGUUGUCGAGACGCCCAAUGUGCUUUUGUUCAAAUUUUUGAUGCUGACACUAAAAAACCAGAUCAGUCUAUUGUCAAACAAUUUAGAAGAGCAACUUUUCUUAUAAUUUAUAAUCCCAAAAAAGGUUUAAUUGAUAUCAGGUUAAUGCAACGAGGAACAAGAGUAGCGGUCUUUACCGCAACAAAAAAUGGAAAACUUUUGUAUAACACUUGCGGAUUAGUCGGCGCCGAAAAAAAUUAUACUCACAGAAAAUCAAAUUUGCCCGAAUUUCAAUGUGUACUUAUUGAUCCAGAUGGCAAGUUGAAAGAAUUUAAUAUUCCGUUUUACUAUUGUUUAGGAGGUGAACAUUUAGAUAGAUCUAAAGACCUUCAUAUUGUAAAAAUUAUUCGUGACACCGUUAAGAAGACAACAAAUUUUACAGAAGAUGUUAAGACCGAUUUAAUUGAAAAUGCAACUAAAUUAAAAACUCCUGAGAUACAAAAACUUUGUUUGGAAAUAUUAAUAAAAUGCAAUGAAUUAUCGUCUGAUAUAAUAGUUACGUGUCUAGAAAGGUUUUGGGAUAAUUUUCCAAGUGAAGAUGUGAGUGAACAAAAUAAAAAGUUUAAAAAUUAUUUUGCCAAUUUAGCACUGGUUACUCUUUUCCACAGACGUAUUUGUAAUGAAGAUGUAAGCGACAUACAAAAUUUAAUCAUUAAAGUUUACAAGGAACUCGAUAGCAAAGAACAAUCAUAUUGUUUAACCGAUAUCCAAGAUGGUGAGGAUGAGACUCCCAAUUUUCAUCUCCUGGAAGAUGACAACUGCAUACUAGAACGAUUGUUAAUUUUAGCUCAAGAUGAAGAUCUAAAAGAUCAUCAGGCUAAAGUUACUUUCGCUGACAAUCGAACUAGUACGUACAAAGAUUUUAUCUCUUGCUUUGAGUUGGAGCAAAGAAAUGAGUACAUAUCGCUCAAAAAGGACAUAUCUACAGGAAAGCUUAGUAACUUGUCAAGCGAUGUAUUUAAAUCUAUUCUUAGUUUGAAUGAUUACUCAACUCUCAGAAAUCUCUCGCAAAGCUGUAAAAUAGAUUCCACGGAGAUUGUAAAGCUUGUCAUUACACACGUGAUGAAUAUGUCACUUGAACAAAUUACUAUAGAUUUAAUAGAAAAAAUUAUAUCAGUUCUUUAUUAUUUAAGUAGCGCCAUUGAGGAAGCGACGAAUAUAGACUACAAUGAACUAUCUCCGUGGUGGGAAAAUAUUCGUUUGAUGUUAGUGGAUUUGCCCUGUCCUCUAAGAACUAUGAUAGUCGCAAUGGCGUGUAAAGCCGUCGUUAAGAUUUUCGAAAGUAAGUCUUCUGACAAAGACGAUUGGGAAUCCGUGACCACAGAAAAUGCUGAGUGGGGUAUUUUAAUUGGCAAAUUAGAGGAUAUAUCCAUUUUGAGCAUCGCUUUAAUGUUUAAGGCGGAAUUUAAGGGCAGAUCCCUGCCAAAAUUGCCUUUUGAAGAUAUAAAUAUCAACUUAAAAUACAUUUACACUAGAGGAAAAGGAUCUGUCACUGAAUUGAUUGCAAAAUGGCUCUGUAGUAUGGGAACACAACCGUUAGCGAUAGAAAUUAACGAAAUAAUGGAAAAAAUUGACGAAAAUCAAAAUUCGGAUAAAAGUUCAAAUUCUUCCGAUGUCUUUACCGACGAAAUGUACGUAGAAAAUCACCGCGAAUUAGUUGACGAUAAUCCGCAAAUAUUUAAAUGGCUGUCACUGCUUCGGCGACAAUUUCCAAUGAGCACAACAGCUAAUUACAUUAUCGCCAACAUGUCCUGGGAGUACGCGUUGGAUUGGCAGAAAUGUAUGAACAAUACUGUUAAUUUAAAAGCUGUCGUGGAAUGUUUGACCAAUUUACCUGAUUUGCACUUAAGAUUGGGCAUGUUUUUUAUUAUUUGGACGACCUAUUUGAAACAUACGUUUGAAUCCUGUUGUCGCUUAGUUAAUAAUGUUGGCAAAUUGCCUAAAGAUCAUUUAUGCUUACAAGACUUAGGAUUCAAUAGCGAUACUUUAGUGGGUUUCUUAGAACACUGUACUGAUUAUUUACAGGAAUUCUAUGCAUGUUCAACGAAGUGUUUAGACGAAGAAGCUGAAACUAUACAAUAUGAAAAAAUAUGGGACGAAAGCUUGCCAUCCCUUGUAGAAGUAGCUCAAAAAAAGAGAAACGUUAAUAGCGAAAUAAUAAAACUGAACUACCAAAUGUCUUACACAAUUUAUUUGCAAUGUCUCUUAAAAACGAAGUUCACGAAACCAUUAGAUAUUUUAUAUGAUGUGGAUUACCAAAUCGUUUUGGAAGCGCUGACUGGAAAUGUUGUCCAGCGAGAUGUUACCGCAAAAUGUUCAGAUAAAUACAAGAAUCAAAGAAUGAAGUUUUUAGCGAGACUUAUUCGCAAAGCGGUCGACACCAUAACUUUAUCGGAAAACGAGGAAGGACCUCCGAAAUAUUAUACCAAAGAGUGUUCAACAUCUAUUCGAAAAAUGUGCACUCUCGCUGAUUCCUGGGAUGUUGAUUCAGCUUUUGUUUGGCGAACGUAUUUAGUUAUGCUGUAUCAUCUGGGUUAUGACCGAGUAGCGUUGGAUAUAAUCAAUUUUAUCUCACAAUCAGACCUCAUCCUGCCACAAAUUGUGGCAAUUACAAUACAACGCCUUAAACGGCACAUGCAGGCCUCUAAAAAUUAUGGACAGAUCUUUGCUACAAUGCCUCCACAACUUUAUAGACGAAUAGAUAGCACGGAGUUAGAUACAUCAGUACCAGCUAAUCCAUCAUUACGGACGACGAUAUUUAUCUUACAACAAAUAUUGAAUUUUAUAGAAGGAAAUUCUUCAGUUGAAGCAGAUAGCCUAGCAGAUAUGAAAUUAGCAAGACUUCUUCUUGAAAGCUGCGAAUAUAUCGAGAGGCGUAAAUUAUAAUUGAUAUAUGAAAAAAUUAUUUUUAAUUUUACUUAUGACAGCAUUAA